AUGAGCGAGCGAGGGAGGCGCGAGCGAGGGAGGCGCGAGCGAGGGAGGCGCGAGGCGUGGGAGGCGCGAGCGUGGGAGGCGCGAGCGAGGGAGGCGCGAGUGAGGGAGGGAGGUGCGAGUGAGGGAGGCGCGAGUGUGGGAGGCGCGAGUGAGGGAGGUGCGAGUGAGGGAGGGAGGGAGGUGCGAGUGAGGGAGGAGCGAGCGAGGGAGGCGCGGGCGAGCGAGGGAGGCGCGGGCGAGCGAGGGAGGCGGGGGCGAGGGAGGCGCGAGCGAGCGAGGGAGGCGGGGGCGAGGGAGGCGGGGGCGAGGGAGGCGCGAGGGAGGGAGGCGCGAGCGAGGGAGGCGCGAGGGAGGCGCGAGCGAGGGAGGCGCGAGCGAGGGAGGCGCGAGGGAGGCGCGAGCGAGGGAGGCGCGAGCGAGGGAGGCGCGAGCGAGGGAGGCGGGGGCGAGGGAGGCGCGAGUGAGGGAGGUGAGGGAGGCGCGAGUGAGGGAGGAGGGCGCGAGUGA